CUCCCUCGAUGGCGACUACGGGCGGGGGUUCAAGAGCGCUGCGAUUCCCGUUCCUGGCAAAGUGGUUUUCUUCGUUUUGCUGCGGCCGUCUCUACGUUCCUGCUGUCGAUCGUGCUGUUGGUCUUCCUUCUACCGAUCGCUUGAUCAGGAGCUGAUUAACAGAGACUAAGAUGGCCUCAGCAACAAUGAUCCAGUCUUCUGCUGCUCUCGGAAGCUCCUCCCUGCAGGCUUCCUCUUCUACCAGAGGAGACGCCUCCAUAUCCUCCUCAGGGGGGUUUGCUCAGAAGAGCAAUGUCACUUAUUCCGCAGAUGGAUCUUUCAUGGGUUCAUUGAAGGGCUUGAAGCUGUCAGCUGCCCCCGUUCGCCGGUUGGCGCAGAGAUGCAGUACAACGAGGGCCACAGCGACUGAGUUCCCCACUAAGACUACGAAGUCAGGCAGCCAGGAGAAAGUUCGAAUUGGAAUCAACGGUUGUGGGAGAAUCGGAAGACUUGUUCUCCGUGUUAUCCUCGCCAGGGACGAUGUCGAAGUCGUUGCCGUGAACGAUCCCUUCAUUGACACCAAGUACAUGGCGUACAUGUUGAAGUACGAUUCUACUCACGGGCUUCUAAAGUCUGAGGUGAAUGCUGUAGACGACAAUACUUUGCAAGUUGGCUCUCAAACCAUCAAGGUCUUCGGAUGCAGGGACCCUGCUGAAAUCCCAUGGGGAUCAGUUGGAGCCGACUUCGUGGUAGAGUCUACCGGUGUCUUCACUGCCGUUGACAAAGCCUCUGCUCACUUCAAGGGUGGUGCCAAGAAGGUGGUGAUCUCCGCACCUUCUGGCGAUGCGCCCAUGUUCGUGAUGGGUGUGAACCAGCAGUCAUACAAGGACAGCAUGAACGUGGUGUCCAAUGCCAGUUGCACUACCAACUGUCUCGCACCUCUUGCGAAGGUUAUCCAGGACAACUUCGGCAUUGAGGAAGGGCUCAUGACCACUGUGCAUGCCACCACUGCUACCCAGAAGACCGUGGACGGUCCAUCUGGAAAGGACUGGCGUGGAGGACGUGGUGCUGGACAGAACAUUAUUCCCAGCUCAACUGGAGCUGCGAAGGCUGUGGGCAAGGUACUGCCAGAAUUGAAUGGGAAGCUCACUGGUAUGGCUUUCCGUGUGCCAACUCCCAAUGUGUCUGUGGUAGACCUGACCGUGCGACUCCAGAAGAGUGGCUCAUACGAGGAUAUCAAGGCAGCCAUCAAGGCCGCUUCUGAGGGUCCGAUGAACGGCAUCCUGGGUUACACUGAGGACGAUGUUGUUUCGAACGACUUUGUUGGUGAUGCUAGGUCGAGCAUCUUCGAUGCCAAGGCAGGAAUUGCCUUGAGUGACAAGUUUGUCAAGCUGGUGUCGUGGUAUGACAACGAGUGGGGCUACAGCAACCGAGUUGUGGACCUGAUCUUGCACAUGGCUGGAGUAAAGGCCAACCUCAAUUAGAAACUUGGUUGUCAGUACUCUUUAACUGCUUAGAAGACCUGCUACAUCUCUGGAACUCUUGUCACGAUCGUUUACAGAAUAUCACCUAUGCAAGGAGACUUCCAGAAGACUGAGCGUGAUCAAUUAGGAAAAAACUUUGACCAAUAAUGUCGGAAUAUGCCUUCGCGUGGCUUUAGGUAGUUGCGAGACCAGACAAGAAAGGAUAGGUGCCGUUGUGAUGCUGAUGUCUUGUCGACAUGACAGGUCUUCCUUGAGGCGAGUUUUCAUUUUUGAUAGUUGAAAGGUGUAGCGUUAUCGUUGAAUGUGCCUUGUAUACUCACGAAAGCAGCCAUGUCACUGGCUCGUAAUUAGUAAACAGGAUUUCUGAUGAAGAUAGAUUA